AUGGCUCGUAGAAGCAAUAGUCCGCUUUCCGCGCCGCUUCUCGCGCUGCUGCUGCUGUCGUCCUUCGUUCACCUGUCCCGCGCCGUCACUUGCGACUCGGAUCAGAACAUGUGGUACUGCGCGUCGGGCGACGAGUGCGUGAGCGGCGACCAGCUCUGCGACGGCACGGCGGAUUGCGCGACGAGAGCGACGAGGAGCAGUGGGAGUGCGGCGGAUACGAGGACGGCUGUCCGCCUGAGAUGGUAA